CGCAUGCGCAGUCAGAGUGCCCCCCCCCACGUGUAUUAGCUGUGGGUGUGCGGCGCUCGGGACUCACUGGGCGGUGAGCGGGAGGGACUCGGGGCGCCAUGGCAGGGAAAGCAUUUAGGAAGUUUCUUCCCCUGUUUGACCGUGUUCUGGUUGAAAGAUGUGCAGCUGAGACUGUAACCAAAGGAGGCAUCAUGCUUCCGGAAAAAUCUCAAGGAAAAGUGCUACAAGCAACAGUAGUGGCAGUUGGAUCAGGAUCCAAAGGAAAGGAUUUUUACAAUUGGCCUGAUGAAUCUUUUGAAGAAAUGGAUAGCACACUAGCUGUUCAACAGUAUAUCCAACAAAACAUAAGGGCAGACUGUUCUAACAUUGACAAAAUCCUGGAACCUCCUGAAGGGCAGGAUGAAGGUGUAUGGAAGUAUGAACAUUUACGACAAUUCUGUCUCGAGCUCAAUGGACUUGCUGUCAAGCUUCAGAGUGAAUGCCACCCAGAUACAUGCACUCAGAUGACAGCAACUGAACAAUGGAUUUUUCUUUGUGCAGCCCAUAAAACUCCCAAAGAGUGUCCUGCUAUAGACUACACCAGGCACACGCUUGAUGGAGCUGCAUGUCUUCUGAAUAGCAAUAAAUAUUUCCCCAGCAGAGUUAGCAUAAAGGAAUCCUCUGUAGCCAAACUAGGAUCAGUGUGCCGUAGAAUUUACAGAAUAUUUUCCCAUGCAUAUUUUCAUCAUCGGCAGAUAUUUGAUGAAUAUGAAAAUGAAACCUUUUUGUGUCACCGGUUCACUAAAUUUGUGAUGAAAUAUAAUUUGAUGUCCAAGGAUAACCUGAUUGUACCAAUUUUGGAAGAGGAGGUGCAGAAUUCAGUGUCUGGGGAAAGUGAGGCAUGAUGGGAAUUGUGGUACAGAAAGCAACUGUACUGAACACACAAUUGACAUUAUGUACUGUAUAUAUCAUUUUAGACACUUCAAUCAUGUAUCCUUAUUAUAGCUUUGUUUAGUAUACUUUUUUGUAUGCUGUGUGCAUUGCCUUUUAAUAUGGGAAAUACUUUAAGUUAUUCAUGAACUGUAUAUUCAUCAAUGUGGCACUCAUGGUUUUUAAAUAAAAUUAGUAUUAUCUGUUUAUAA